AUGCUUGCUAGGAGCCCUCUCUUCAACCAAUCCAGCCUCACCAAGAGUCUGUUCUGCGUCUUCACCGCUGUCCCUGAACUCCGAACGCACCUCUUUCUCCCCUUCCUCCUGCUCUUCCUGAUGAGCCUUUGUGGCAACACAGCCAUCAUCUGGGCAGUGUGUACACACAGCUCCCUGCGCACCCCCAUGUAUUUCUUCCUGUCCAGCUUGCCCUUCGUUGAGAUCAGCUGCACCACCGUGGCCGUGCCCUUACUGCUUUCCAACGUCUUUGGAGCUCAGGAGUCCAUUUCAUUGGCUGGCUGUGGGGCCCAAAUAUUCUUUUUUCUCACUCUUGGUUGCUGUUUUCUCUUGGCAAUCAUGGCAUAAGAUCACUCCGUGGCCAUCUGCCACCCAUUGCACAACACUCUCAGCAUGACCCAGAAGCUGUGCAUCCAGAUGGUGGCCUGCACCGCAGCUCUAGCUCUCUACCGGCCCCUGCAGCUCCCAUCCUUAAUCUUCACCUUGCCCUUCUACAGGCAUCUCCAGGAAAUCAACCACUUCCUCUGCAAUAUGCCUCUGGUCCUGCGGCUGACCUGAGCUGGCAUCUGUGUGCACCAGGCCAUCCUCAAUGUCAUGAGCAUCCUUGUGCUAGCUGUCCUCAUCAUCCUUAUUUCGGUCUCCUAUGCGUUCAUCACCUUGGCCAUCCUGCACAUCCGUUCAGCGGAGGGCUGCAGCCAGGCCUUGUCCACCUCCUCCUCCCACCUCACUGUGGUCUUGCUGCAGUAUGACUUCUGUGUCUUGGUCUACCUGCGUCCCCAGUCUAGGGCCUCCGUGGAUAUGGACUGCGAAUUUGCCCUCAUUUACACUUUUGUCACCCCCUUAGUCAAUCCCCUGAUUUACACCCUUAAGAACAAAGAUGUCAAAGGUGCCCUGAAAAAGUCCCAUCAGGAACAAAGGAACAGCUGA